AUGGUGUCCAAGAAGCCAGGGUUUGUGCGUGCAUUCCCAGACCAAACGCUGCAGCUAAUGACCACCCACACGCCCGAGUUCCUUGGGCUAAGGAAUGGCACCGGGUUUCGGAGCCAGGCUGACUAUGGGAAGGGAGUCAUCAUUGGGCUGCUCCACAACGACAUCUAUGCGGCGCACGCUUCCUUCAAUGACCAUGGUGUUCCACCACCCCCCGCCCUCGCAAGGUGGAAGGGCUCGUGCGACGCGGCCCGGUGCAACAACAAACUUAUUGGUGCCAAGUCACUCAUUGCGGGUGAUGAUUCUGAUGACGAAGAGGGGCAUGGAACACACACCUCAUCCACAGCCGUCGAAAACUUCGUAACCGGCGCAUCAUACAAUGGUGUGGGCACAGGCACCGCGGCCGGAAUUGCCCCGAGCGCCCACAUUGCCAUGUAUAAGGUAUAUGUUGCUCGUGAUUGCAAGUUAUCUGACAUACUGGCCGGCCUAGAAGAGGCCAUCAAGGAUGGGGUGGACGUGCUCUCGCUCUCCCUUGGCAGCAGCACAAGCCCCAACUUUGAUCAAGACCCCAUAUUUAUUGGCGCAUUCAGUGCCGUGUCCAAGGGCAUCCUCAUGGUGUGCGCCACUGGCAACAGCGGUCCGAAUCAGCGCUCUGUCACCAACGAAGCACCCUGGUUGCUCACAGUCGUCGCUAGCUCCGUGGACCGGAGCUUCGGCGCCAACAUCCAUCUCGGCAAUGGCAAGAGCAUUGACGGAGAAGCACUUACCCAGAUAGCGAAUCCAAGCUCAAAGUUGCACUCUCUCCUUUACUCCAAGGAAUGGUGA